GUCGUCCGGACCGAGCAGUUUUAUUUCGGAUUCACGCCGAUCGGUCAGUCUGCGAGACUCGAAGCGAUUGAAAUUGUGACAAGUUUUGUGAUUCUGUAGCGAGCAACUCGGAAAUACAAUCGUUAGCAUGAUGUCGCCAAACACGAAGAUCAUUGAUCUGAUAGACAGCAGCAACGCAUCGAUGAUGAGGCUCAAUCCGAGAGGAGCCAGGCGCUCCUCCGAGGAGAAGGCGCGGGAGCUCGAAAUCAGCGGUAUGGUCUCUGGCAAGAACAUCCUCAUCACCGGAGCUGCCGCGGGUCUAGGCAAUGCCUUUUUCAAUCAUUUUCUGCAGUUUGGUGCUAAGAAAAUCUGCAUAAUCGACAUAGAUGAAGCAUCGAGUCGAAAAAUCGUCAAUUCGGUUGAAAAGUCCCACGGUCCAAACAAAGUUUUCUUCCUUCAUGCUGACGUAUCCAAACAGACAGAAAUCACUGCCGCUUUUAAAGAAGCUAUUUCACUCAUGAAGAGUCCGAUUGACAUAAUUAUCAAUAAUGCCGGGAUACUGGACGAAAGACGCUGGGAACGCGAAGUCGCCGUUAAUUUGACCGGCAUGAUAACGGUAUCGAUGCUGGCGAUCGAGCACAUGGGCAAGGACAAGGGCGGCGCCGGCGGUGUCCUCGUCAACAUCGCCGAGCACUCGAGAGUGCAGUACACGGCCCAAUUACCGGUUUACUAUGCCACCAAGCAAGCCAUCGUCAGUCUGUCUCAGUCGCUCGGAGCUCCAAGUAACACCGAGCGAACGGGUGUCCGAGUGAUCACUCUGUGCCCCGGUCUCACGGAAACGGCCCUCACCAUCGACAGUCCCAACAAAUUACUCAGCAGAGUCAUGAAGGCCGACUUCGUGAAGAGCCUCGAGCAGCUAACGAUACAGACGCCCUACGUGGUAGCGCAAGGACUCAUGUGGAUCUUGCGCAUCGGCGAGUCGGGCAGCAUUUGGGUCAUCGAGAACGGCCAGUCGCCCUACGAGGUCUUCGUUCCGCAGUGCCGCAGUUUGCAGCGCCAUUACAAAAACAACUUCACCGUGAGCGAGAACAAGAUCAUGAGCAAGGGAAGGCCCAUACGCGAGGUGUGCGACAACAGCAGAACGGGCCUCAUGAGCUGCGCUUGAAUUGCCCAGUAGGCAGAAAACGAGGGUGCGCGGGGUGCGCUAAUUAGCUCCGCACAAUGAUCUCCGAUAAAACAAACCAAUCGUGCACAUUUCUUUAUCGUUUGACACUUUUUAUACUCAUUUCAUCUUCUUAUAGUUUACAACUUCGAUACUUUUUACGUAUAAACCAUUUUAUUAAUUGUAGUGUUAAGCUUUACGUCACUUAAUGCAUAGAUAUACAAUACUGAAAGUGUUCAUCAUUAAAAUGUGUGGCACUUAUCGACACUCGACUGUGAUCGAAUGUUUAUUUAUUCAAAUGACUUUCGUCUUAACUGAAAUUUAUUUAUGUAUCGAUAAAACAUUUUAGUACAAUGAUAUUUAUACAAGUUCAACUUGCUCGUAAUUUUUAAAGUAGUGUUGAAGCAGAAAAGAAAUAAAGUUUUCAUAAACUUUCA